AUGAUCUCUUUUCACACUACCUUUUUUUCAGUGAAAUUGAAAGUCUUCAUUGAAUGUCGUCGUGACUGUUCCACCAAAUGUAAUCAUAGUCUGUUUGUUUAUUUAGCAAACGAAAAUGAAUGUUACACUUGUUUGAUUGAAUGUAUGUCCGCUUUCGCGCAACAGGCAGAAAAAGUUGGAAUUCAAUUGAAAGAUAUCAAAAAGUCCAAUGAUGCUAAUUUACUAUCUGACAGUUUAUAUGCACCUGGAAAGAAAGUACGACGUCGUCAUCUUCGUCAAGAUAUCAUCACACAAGAACAAUUUAGAAAAAGAUCAGAUUGA